AUGGCUGAAAUCGGGGAAGAUGACCUCCAAUCGUUUGAGAAGAGAUUCCCAGGUCUUUUAGAUGAGGUUGAUAGCUCUAUAGGAGAUGUCAUGAGUGAUGCAGGAGACCAAAGCUCAACUUUUUAUGCAUUAGCAGGACUCAUGAACAUCGAAGACUUAAAACCCAAGGUUGUAGAACUAAGAAAUUUAAAAACACUGAAAGUCAUGCACUGAAAUCAUCUAGUCUCUACAGAUGGGUUGGAAGAAUAUCAGUCUCUUGAGCACUUAGAUUUAUCUAAUAAUCAACUAGAGCAAUAUAAAGCUGAUAAUUUGACUGAGAUCGUUUAUUUAAAUUUGAGUUGAAAUUCUAUAAGACUGGCGCCAAAUUUGGGAAAUUACAGAGAACUAAUCACUCUAAAUCUCUCACAUAACAGGAUCGAGGACCUAUCUCCUUUCACUAAGUUGAGUGAUCGAGUCAACUCACUGAAGGAGAUUAACUUGAAUGACAAUUUAAUAGCGGAUUUGGAUCAAAUAGCUUACCUCUCAAAAUUUAAAACUUUAACAAAAGUUCAUUUUCGAGAUAAAAAGAGAAAGACAGAUAACCCUAUAUGCGAGUACUCUAAAUAUGAAGAAGUGGCAAAGGCUUAUCUCCCAUUUUUAAGAGAACUCGAUGGUGAGAAUGUAAAGGAGCAGGAGAACAUCACUACUAAUGAGUUAAAACAAAAAGGAAUUAGAGAUUAUCCACUUCCUCCAUCAAGCACAAAGUCUCAUAAAUCAUGGAUCACACCGAAACCUGGGGGAAAGUCAGAACAGGUUGAGUAUACACCUCCUUUCUCUCUGAAACCUUUGAAUCUAGACUUUACUCCUGUCCAGGUUCCUUUAAAGCUUCAUGAGAAGGAUGAAAUGAUUCAAAAAUUAAACUAUGAUCUGCUCUCACAUAAGAACCAGCUUCAGGAGCUUGAGAAUGACAAAUCUGAGGCUGUGUCUCAGAUAGCCUCUUUACAAGACCAUUACUCAAAAAUCACAGAGAAUCUGAACCAAGAAUUAGAGAAGAAGACUGACAUUAUCAAGGAAAUCAGUGAUGGCAAGAAAGAGCUAAAAUUCCAGUUAGAUCUUCUAGAAAAGAAGAUGACUUCAGUCCAAUCAGAGAGGGAUAGAUAUCGUGAGCUCAGAGAUAAUAAGGAUGACUCCAUUCAUGACCUAAACAAGGAAAUAAUUUACUUGAAGACCACUAAGGAGGAAGAAACAGAUACUAAAAAUAUGUUACAGAAGGAACUCAAGUACUACAAGGAGAAAUAUGAUGAACUUACUAGAGGAAAGUCAGACUUGAAAGACCAAAACCAGCAGCUAGAGAUUAAAGUAAGUGAUCUCCAGAAAGAACUUAUUGCAAAUAAUCAAGAGGCAAGCAAAAGUUGGGAGAGGCUUCAAGCUAAAUAUGAACAGAGUCUGAACCAAUUGGAACAAUAUUCUGGAACGAUUGAGAAGCAGAACUCUAAAGUAACAGAGCUGAAGGAUAUCACUAAGAUGAUGGAUCAGGAAUGGAAGAAGAAAUAUGACCUCUCUGCUAAAGAAAAUCAGGAGAUUCUUCAAAAAUUUCAAGGUCAGAAGCAAGAGGAAUUAAAGAAGUUAGAAGAAGCUCAUUCUGAAGCAAUUUCAGCAUUGAAGAAGGACUUUGAAAAAGAUGUUAAAAUGAUGGAUAAGUCCUUCACACAUCAAUUGAAGAAGGAACAAGAGAGGAGCACCGAACUGAAAACAAUUUUAAAGGAUGUCUCACAAAAGUAUCAGCAAAGUAAAGACAAUUUAAAGAAAAAUAAAAUCGAGAUUGAUAAAAAGGACUUACUGAUCAAAGAGCUUAGGGAUAUUAUUAAUUCUUCCAGCAAGAAACUCCAGAAGGAUAGAGAGGAAAUAGCCAAGUCCAGGCAGGAAUUUGAAUCUGAAAAGAAGAAAGUAAUGAACGAGAAGAUAGAUCUCCAGAACCAAAUUGACACUCAAGACUACAAAAUCAAAGACUUGCAGAAGAAGUACAAUCUCGUUCAAGGAUUCUUGAACGAAAAGAGUGAGGAAUAUGAUGCUUCAGUUAUUGCUACAGCUGAGAACAAGAAGAAGUUAGUGCAGUGCCAGAAAGAACUCGAACUCCUCAAAUCUACUUAUAACGAAGAAGUUGAAACUCUUAAUGCUGAGCUGGAGAAGUUAGCCGAGGAGAAUGAUGAACUUAAGCAGAAUUGUACUACUAAAGAUCGCAUGCUUGAUGAUAAAAAUAUUGAAAUUGAUCAGUUAAAGCAGAAUUUGAAGAUCAAGGAAGCUGAGAUAGACCAGCUCCAAGAAGGCAGUGAGGUUGAAAGGAUCAAGAAAGAAUACGAAGAAAGGCUAUUAGAGGAGGUCAAUAAUUAUCAACGACUUCAACAAGAUUAUGAAGCUCGGGAUAAAGAGUGUCAAGACCUUGAAGAAGACAAUGAUCAACUUUAUCAGAAAUAUCAAAAUCUUAAACAAGAAAAGCAAAAGCUAGAAGAUAAUCUAAAUGAAAAAGGAGAGAUCAUUGCCCAAAUUCAGGAGGAUUUACCUCCACUUCAGAACGAACUGAGGGACAAAAUUAAUCAGGUUAAUGAAAAAGAAGAGAACAUUUUUAUUCUGGAAAGACAAAUGAGUGAAAAGGAAGCCCUUAUAAAAACUAAAAACAAACAGCUUAAGGAGUUCCUAGAUAAAUGGGAGAAUUCAGAGAGGAAUAAAGCUAAGGAGAUCUCUGCACUAGAGAAAAAGCUUGAUACUGCAAUUAAGGAGAACAAAGUGCUUAUCACUGAAAAUGAGAGAUCGAAGAAAGAGCUUAAGGAGAAGUUCAGUCAAAUUAUGGCUAACAUGAAUAUUUCUUAACACCUAAUUCAGCUUGUGUAUUCC